UUUUGUUCGUUUGUCAUUGUUCAAUAGUCAAGAAUUUCUAACAAUUAUUUAUUACUACUCUUACUAUAAAAAUUCAUUUUAGUCAUUGAUAAUUAAACUUGACGAUUGAAUUGUACGAGAUUAAGAAACAUUUUGAUUAAUCACUACUGAUAAUGAUAAAAUCAUUGAUUUCUGAUCAAUUUUGGACGAAAUUAUUUGUUGUGUUAAAUACUUGUUUCGUGAUAUUCGGUAUCAUUCUAUUUGGAUUGGGUAUUAAAUCCACUGGAUUGCUACAGAAAUAUCCUAUCAUCCUCUAUGGAACAACACCGAUCAUAUGUCCAAUUGCAAUCUUUUUAGGAUGUUUAAUUUUAACCGGUACAGUUAUUGGAUAUAUUGGUUUAUGGAAACCGAAACAAUUUAUUGCCAUUGCGCAUAUUGUCUGUUUAAGUUUAGCGGUGAUUAUAGAAAUUGCCAUAGCUGCAGUAACAAUUGCAUCAAGCGAGAAAUUUCAUUCAAAUGUCAAUAAAUCAUUGUUAGAAGCUACGAGAAAGUUUUAUUCAAAUGAACACAUUGAAAAAGAAAUGGAUCGAUUACAAAAUCAGUAUCGAUGUUGUGGAGCUGGUUCCUAUUUGGAUUAUAUAAAAUUCAAUAAAACUGUACCAUUCUCUUGUUUACUUGGUGAUUUAGUUUAUGCACGAGGUUGUACGGAAUCAAUCGAUAUUUAUGUCCAACAUUACAUUGUUGCACUGAUCUGUUUAUGCUUUACAUUCGGUUUGAUUAAAGCUGUUUACUUGGCUGUCUCGAUUGUCUUAUUGAAACGCGCCAAACAAUUAACGCCAUGAGGAACCCGGCGGUAGUCAUGACAGUGAAAUGGAAGAAGAAGAAGAAGCUCAUGUCAUUAACAUUAAACAAAUUUCAUUGUUCAAUCAAAUAAUUACACUUGUCAUUUGACAUUCAUCGACAUUAUUAUUAUUAUUAUUAUUAUUAUUAUUAUUCGACAGAUCACUCUUCUUUCAACUUGUCAUCAAUAUUUUAACUGUUUUUCCUGGGUAAUUUCCUAACAAGUAACAUAAUUAGAGACAUGAAGAAAAGCAUAUAUAUAUCUUCUUUUUAAAUUGACCGUCGAUGUUCCUCGUUUUGAUGAACAAAAAAUAAAAGUCUAUUAUACAAACUUAUUGUUUAUACAGUAUGCAUUUUGAAAAUUAAGCAUAUCAAUAUAUCUAUCAUUGAACGAAA